AUGGGCACUAGGCCCAACAGGAGGGCUGCGGCAGUUGCUCUGCACGUGCAGGGGACCAUCAACGUCGUCUCUGCCCUAUGCCCCACCAAGUCUUAUCUGGAUUUCUUCAUCAUGCUCUCUUCGUCAGCGGGAGUCAUUGCCAACCGCCGCCAGGCCAACUAUGCUGCCACCAACACCUUCCUGGAUGCUUUUGCGUGUCAACUGAUGAGAGGAGGCUACCCGGCCACCUCGAUCAGUCGGGAAAGCGUGCUCAGUGUGGGUGGGAUCGCGGAGAAUCAACUUAGACUUUCCAGCGCGCUCGCCUACAGGGCCCUCUUGGAAGACCUUCUAUUCUCUGGAAUAUCGUAUGAACUUUGCCUGGGCUCCAUCGUCGAUCAACUGGCGCGUAUUAUAACAUUUUCCGUUCAGGAGAUUGAUCCGCAGUGGUCGCUGGGCUCGUACGAGGUGGAUUCCUUGGUGACAGUGGACUUGGAGACCUGGUUCCUGUGAAAGUAGACCACGUGAUCUCGGACCUAGCCACCUAGUAGCCAUCUAGUCACCUCCUCGUGUAGUUAGCUAGUUAGUCUACACACGCACAUUAUCAUCAUAUUGCUUCCACAGAUCCAACGGGAAGUGAGGGUUUCCAUAGGAUCGGGGGAGCUGUUGGCGGAGCUGGCCAAGACCCACUUGGCCCAACAGGCUGCGGACGGAUCGCAGUUCUUGCCGGCGGACCUCGGGAGAAGUUAGUAGGAGAAGGGCCUGUAUCCGAUUAAGAAAGAAGCUUUAAUAAGGUGCAAUUGCAUGAUGGAGGCCCAAGAAGACAAGCCAGGAAGAAUGAAGCUUUC